UUUUUGAACUAGUGUUAACCAACCAUUCGACCUCGCAGUCGUAACAGAAGUGUGCGCAGUUAGAUUCAGCGCAUUGUAGUGGUCGAAAGACUAAAGUUAAUCAACAAAUUAAUUUCACCUUGAUCAUCUGUAUACUUGAAAUGUCGGAUACAAAUUUUAAAAGCCUAGAAGACACAUUAAAUAAGCACAUUCCUAGGGAGGAACUGCGAGAUGUCAAACGGCUGCUUUACGGAAGAGCCGAUGACAACGAGCUACCCUUUUCUGCGGAAACUAUUUCUCUUGCAAAGGACGUCGAUGUUGACCUAAAGGGUUAUAUAUUCACUGCUCAGAAAGAGGAUCUGCGACGUCCCAGGGUUGUUCGUGUUGCUGCUAUACAGAAUACAGUCGAUAUACCAACCACUGCACCGAUUCAUGUUCAACGUGAUGCACUACAUGAAAAAAUAGCGAAUAUCUUGCGCGUUGCGGGUUCUGCUGGUGUAAACAUUGUGUGUCUCCAGGAAGCAUGGACUAUGCCUUUUGCAUUUUGCACGCGCGAAAAAUUUCCUUGGUGUGAAUUCGCCGAAGACGUUGAAAACGGACCUACUACGAAGAUGCUAAAGGAGUUGGCUAAGCAGUACAAUAUGGUCAUUAUCUCACCUAUUUUGGAGCGCGAUUCUAAUCACCACGACACGAUAUGGAACACAGCCGUGGUGAUCUCGAACGAUGGUGCUUACAUUGGCAAACAUCGCAAGAAUCACAUUCCACGCGUAGGCGAUUUCAACGAAUCGACGUACUACAUUGAGGGUGACACGGGUCACCCAGUGUUUGCGACACAAUUCGGGCGCAUUGCAAUCAACAUUUGCUACGGGCGUCAUCAUCCCCAAAACUGGAUGAUGUUUGGCAUUAACGGAGCCGAGAUUGUGUUCAAUCCAUCCGCUACGGUUGGAGGACUUAGCGAACCGCUGUGGGGUAUCGAAGCGCGUAAUGCCGCGAUUGCAAAUAGCUUUUUUACGGUAGCAAUCAAUCGAGUUGGUACGGAAGUGUUUCCUAAUGAAUUCACCUCGGGUAAUGGUCUUCCGGCCCAUAAAGACUUCGGUCCAUUCUACGGCUCGUCUUAUGUAGCGGCACCAGACGGUUCACGGACGCCAGGUCUUUCGCGGGAUAAGGAUGGAUUGCUUGUUGUCGAGAUGGAUUUAAACCUAUGUCGACAGAUCAAGGAUUUCUGGGGUUUUCAAAUGACUCAACGCCUGCCAUUGUAUGCCGACAGCUUAGCCAAAGUUAUUAAACCGGAUUACAAACCUCCUAUAGUCAGAGAAUCAUGAAAACACCAACAGAAGUUUGAAAAAUCGUCGUUAAAAUGGGCCAAUGGGAUUUGGGUUAUUUCAAAGUUGAUACAUCAGUUCAAGUCAUGAUCUGUUCGAGAUUACAAGCCACAAUUCUUAAAAUAAAACAUAAAAAUAAUUCAAUUGAUCUUGGCAACAAUAAUGUGGUUCCUACUUUAUAAAAUCUCCUGGUCCACUCCUCUGAAAAAAUAUUUGUGAAAAAAUACAGCUCAGUCCGUCUUCGUCUAAGAUUAAAAAAUGUACUUGAAACUUUGGAAUAUUACUGUUACUGUUGAAGAAACAUACAAAUUGUUCAAUAACUUCGUUGUUACGCAAAUCGACAUUAUUAGAUGAAUUUAUUCAAAAUUUAAAAAAGUCAAAUUAGCCGUUAAUGUUAGUUCUCGAUAAUUUCUUUUUUUAUGAUAGUCAAAGCGUGUCACAGCUCUGUAACCACAGGACCACACGCCUCUGAAGGACACUAGACUUUUCUGUCUUCGUACUCUUUGUAAACAUGUAUAAGCCGUACACAGUGCGAAUAUAAUCUCCGAACAUCCAAGUUUGAAGUUUGAAUACGUUUGCAGAAGAAGAAAGGAUAUUUGAACUAGAGAAAAUCAGAGUGAACAUGGGUAUCUGGUCAGUAACCAUCCAAAGUACCACCUACAAGAUCUUCAACCCUACAAGAAGGAGAAAAAGACCAAAUUCAUGGAGCCCAUCAGCAUCACUACCAAAGAGAGCAUACGUUGGGGUGAUGAACGAAUCGGUGGCUCAACAAUGAACUAACAAUCACUAACAAUGAACAAAGCCAUUGUACAGUCUGAAGAAAAUGGCGCAGUACACCUCGUGUCGAGACGGUCGAAGCCGGUGUUAUACAGAAUAUUCAUAAUCCCAGCACGCACCUACGCAUCUGAGACAUAGGUCAUGGCUAAAACUGACGAAACCGAACAUACAUAGAUUGACUUUUGGCCCAAUAUGUGCAGCUGGCACAUCGUAAACCGUACGUACGACAUGAUGACCUUACUGUCGUGUAGUGGAUACGCCUCGCCGUGCUCCGGUGGGCUGGUUACUUCAUGAGAACGGCGGACGAUGAACAAACCAUGAAAUUUUCCUUGGCUGUUCAAGGACGAGCCAACGCGGUAGCCCUGAUUUAGAGUAUUGGGGCGUACCACGCAUGCGCAUGCGAUGCAAGAACUAUUGGUCACGAACAAUGGAAGGAGUUUCUUUCACAGGCCAGAACCAAAUAAUUAGUGGAUACAGCAAAGCUAAGUAAGUAAAGUGUGUUUGUUCGAAAACAUGUUUUUUAUAACGCAUUUUAUGUUGAGCAUCGCACCUUAUAUGGAGGUUUAACAGACGCGAGAUUCAUGCCAAGUAUUUUAUAUUAACAGGGACAAACAAAAAUAUAUGUGUAUAUAUAAGCGAUUGGGAUUACUUAAAUACAUGACUAGGAUAUAUUUUAUUCUCAUUUUCUAGUGAAUUGAGAUUUUCACUUUUCUCACCAGCUAAAACUAAUCAACAAAUAACAAUGCAUCGUAUUUUUUAAUAUGUCAAUUUAACUAUUUUA